AACUCCAUAAUUGUUAUAAUCAUGUUGUAGUGUAAACAAACAGAGACAAAUUAUUUUUAAUUAAAUGUUAAAAUGGAACUUGUUUAUUCUAUUGACUUCAAAUCUUUUUCAAAGAAAACUGACUUUAGUUUUGAAGAAAAGAUUUGUUGCAGCUUAUCAUGUAGAAAUAUAGUGGCAUUUAGCAGAGCUAGAAAAGCAGAUAACGAUGGUGAUAAACUGGACAUCUUUUAUGAAGUGUGUGUUGUAGACUUGGACAAGCCAUGGCAGGAGUACCAGGUGACCACAUACAACUCAUCAGUGUCUUACAUGAGGUGGGACCCUGCAGGGACAACUCUGUUAGUUGUCAAUGCAGCCGGCAGGUUCAGCUUGUGGAAAAUGAAGAACUAUCUGAUCAACGUCUGGGAAGAAUCAGGGUUUGUGGACAUGGAAAAAGAAGAAAUUUUAGUGCUGGCAUGGCUUCAUAAUGGAUCACAGUGUCUUUUCAACCCUGAGGCUAGGGAAGUCAUUACUUACAGUGAGAAGUUUGUGAGGAACAAACUUUCCCCAUCAGUAACUCAGUUUGGGAAAAAACCUGUUGAUGGUUGGAUAGCAGUCACAUCCACUGGCAUGCUCAAUGUAGGUCUGAUUCCUGAAAAAGGUGGCCCUUUAAUAACCUCUAAAGCAUCCCUGGGCCAGUCCAAUACGCACAUAAUUCAAGCGGACAUCGCCUUCUUGCCUGACGCACAGAUCCUCAUAGCCACCAGUGAUGGCCAGCUCUCGUCAUCCAUACAUUGCUAUGUCGCAGCGGUCACGUUAAAAAACCACUUGUGUUCCAUACGAUGCAGUCCGUCUGCCAGUUUUUUCCUUAAAAAACAGCCAGGGUAUGAGAGUGGAGUACAAGAACCUCGGCUGACGAGAUUGAGCUUUUUGAGCAGAGAGAACAGUGAAGUGUUGCUGGCGUGCUGGGGGAAUUCCAAUUUUAGCUGUGUGGAGGUGUGGCACCUGAUUGAGCAGACUAUACCAUUAAACAGAAUGUUCCAGAACGCAGCAGUGACAGAAUUUGCAUACAAAACAAAGCGCUGGAUCCACAAGUCACAUUUCACACAAAAGUCUGCCCUCACUGAUAUAGCGAGACCAAAGCUACCCAUCAGUCGCUCAUUCAACAUGGAGUCUACCAAUUUUCUCUCCUACUUUGUCUGUACCUAUAGAGAUGGCACCAUUAAAGUGGUUCAUAGACAGAGUUAUCAGGUGAUUUACACAGCAUCAAUGGAUCAGCUGAUCAGCUUUAAGACCUUGAUACCAACAGAUCUGAAUAAUUCCGAACCACCAGAGAAGAGGACACGCAUGACCGCCCCGUACCUCAUCUCCGUGGUCCAGACCACCACAGGGUGUGGGCUGGUGGGGCUUGGGGAGGGGCGACUGUAUCUGUUCCGCAUGUUCAACUCCCGCGAUGGUUCGCUCCAGAUGCUGCCAGCCUUUGUUAUUUUAUUGCUGGAGUACACCAUGUUUGUUGGGCUGGAUGUGUGGGAUGUACUGCUGGCUGUCAGACAAGGUAUGAUAGAAGGUAUUGUAGACAAGCUGAACUCAAACUUCCAGAAACAGUCGUCAGCCGUACAGGAACUGCUACACCAGCGCCUGCUGCGCCUGAAGAUGGCGCUGUACUCCUGUCUUGGUGCAGGCAGCCAGAAAGCCGCAGAUUGUCGUGCUCUGAUUACCCUACAUGCCAUCGCUACAGUUCUUAAGUCCUGUCUCAGGCCAAAGUCUGUCACAGCCCAGGAUAAGGGUCCAGCAGAGAAGUUGACCCACCUGUGUUCAGUAUCACCAGAGAAAGACCUGGACCAAAUCAUCAAAUCUUUAGAUUUUGACGAGUUUUUUUUGGACUCGAUCAAGAAAACUAGCAGUGGUAACUCUAAAAUUGAAGUCUCACUACAGGCCUUACAGCCAUUUAUACAGUGGGUGACAGACUUUAUUUUACACUUGUUGGCAGCUGUAUCCAUGUAUCCGAAUCAUCCACAGUAUCCGGGAUCCACAAUAUUGAAAAAUCCACAGGUGCUGUGUACACUACGAGAACUUCUCAUCAUCAUCCGUAUCUGGGGCAAGCUGAACCCCGCCUGCCUGCCUGUGUUUUUGACCACAGUGGCCAUUGACCCACUGCUCUACCUGUUCCAGCUGGUCACUAAAGCCUGGAUCGCUGCUAGAGAUGGCAUGAGUAUAGAGUCCACUGACCAGACCUUUCUAGAUGAGUGCUGCAACUUGCCUAGUGAGAUGUUGCUGCCCAACUACAAGAAGACCUAUGGCGAGGAGAUGAACUGUUACCUGGCAUUCUCCCAACCUUUCCCCAUCAACUACCAGUUUGGUGUGGAGCCAGAUUUUUUGUUCAACCCGCGGUACCUGAACCGCGUGUUCCCCCUGGACCUGUGCCUGGACGCGGAGCAGAAGUUCGACUGUGUCAGGCAGAUACAGCUGGGGGUGCAGCCCCGGGAGCACCUGAGGGAAUGUGUCCGCUGCCACUCCCUCUCCCUCAAACGUAACCCCUCCACCACUAGGUCACCACUGCUCAAGGCCUGGGAGCUCAGGUUUGUCAAGUCCUGUUUGUGUGGAGGACAUUGGAAGGUGGUGCCACCUACAGGACCCAAGUGAUUUAGUCCUUUUUAUGUAGAGGACAUUGUAACUAGGUGCUACAUAUAUGACUCAAAUAAUUGUUAAAAUAGUGUCUGUAUUUAAGACAUUAUACAGUGGUGUCCUACAGGAGCCAUACAAUUAUUGUUUAUGUUGAGAACAAUGGAGUGUAGAGGACAUUGAAAGAAGGUGCCAGAACAGUUUUUUAAAGUUGUUCUUCUGUGAAGGAAACUACAACACUAAUGUGGUCCCACCUCAUUCAGAAACUCAGCCCAUAUAACGUUUUUUUAAAUAACACAUUGUGUUUGAAUUUUAAUGAACACAUUGUUUUGAAAUUUUAAUAAACACAUUGUGUUUAAAUUGCUGUCUUUUGUAACAAAAGAUAAUGGAAUAAAAUCAUUG